UGUUUAUUAUUAUGAAAAGUAUUUAGAAAAGUUUAAAAAAAGUAAAUGUCCGGUAUUUCGAUUUUUCCAUUAAAAUAGAGAAAUAAACAGAAUGUUUGCAAGCAAUAUUGAUAAAAUAGUAGAAGAUUUGGAGCGACAAGAACUAGAGGCUCCUACCGGAAUUGCUAGUCCGCAGGUUUACUCUAGAUUAUUAGCGUUUUAUCUUUACCAAAAUGAUUUAUGCAAUGCCAAGUUUUUGUGGAAGAGAAUUCCUUCGAGUAUUAAAAGCAGUAAUCCAGAAAUAGGAUGUAUAUGGACAGUAGGACAACAUUUAUGGAAAAGUGACUUUACAGCCACAUAUACAUCUUUAAAUGCAGUGAGUUGGUCAGAUACAGUAUCAGAAAUAAUGAAAAAUGUUCAAGAUGUUGUGAGAUCCAGAGCAGUUGAUUUGAUUUCUCAGGCAUAUUCUUCAAUAACAUUAGAUACAGUUUCUGCAAUGACAGGCUUGCCACCAGAUGUGUGUGCAGCAGCAUGUUCGGAAAGGGGUUGGCGUGUGGAGCAUGAAACCAAAAUGAUUUACCCAAUUAGAAAAAUACCCGAUCCAAUAGUUCAGCCUAGUAGCGAGGAUCAGUUGUAUAAACUAACAGAUUUUGUAUCUUUCUUGGAAAAUUAAAGAGUUUUUUUCUUAAUUUAUAUAAUAAUAUCUAAUA